AUGGCUUCUAAACCAGAAAUCUUAAGUGACUGGCCAUGGAAGCCUCUUGGAAGCUUCAAAUACGUGAUAUUGGCCCCAUGGAUGGUCCACAGCGCUUAUUUAUGUAUAAACAUAAUGAAGGGAUCAGAAAGAGAACUCCACCUUGUGUAUUUGCUGGUUUUACCAUUGGCUUUAAUAAGGAUGCUUCACAACCAGAUUUGGAUUUCUCUUUCCCGCUAUCGCACUGCCAAAGGCAAAACUAGGAUUCUUCACAGACCUCUCGAAUUUCAUCAGGUUGACAGAGAAAGCAAUUGGGGUGAUCAAAUAUUGUUCGCGUCGAUCUUGUUCUACAUAGGAUACAAAAUAAUUCCAUGGGGAGCAAUACAACCAGUACGAAGAACAGACGGAGUGGUAAUCACAGCUUUGCUUUAUGUGGGGCCGGUGGAGUUUGUCUACUACUGGUUUCACAGAGCUCUUCACCACCAUUUUCUCUACUCUCGUUACCAUUCCCACCACCAUUCCUCCAUUGUCACCGAGCCCAUUUCCUGA